GCCAGCAACAGAUGGUAACUAAUUCCUGAGUGGUAUCUGACUGUUCUCUGCAUGGCUGGACUUUGUUUUGGUAGGCAUCUGCUAAGACAACGUAGCCUGGUGGGUACAAUUUGCAGUGAUGAUUGCGGAGUGUGAUAGCAGCCCAGUUUACUUGGGUGUUGAUUUCAGUACCCAGCAGCUAAAAGUUAUUGCUGUUGACGAUGCUCUACAGGUUGUGUACCAGGACUGUGUUACUUUUGAUAAGGAUCUUCCAGAAUAUGGGACCAAGUGUGGUGUCCAUAUCCAUGAUGACAAUCUGACUGUGACCUCACCAGUUUUAAUGUGGGUUAAGGCUUUGGAUAUGAUCUUGGAGAAAAUGAAGUCCAAAGGGUUUGAUUUUUCUCAUGUUAAAGCCCUCUCUGGGACUGGUCAGCAACAUGGAAGCGUUUAUUGGCAAAAAGGAGCAGAGCAUCUAUUGAAGAACUUAUCAUCUGAUUUUCCUUUACAUCAUUUACUAAAGUAUUGCUUUGCUAUAAAAGAUAGCCCUAUAUGGAUGGAUUCAAGCACAUCAGUAGAAUGCCGUUCUCUAGAGGAAGCUGUUGGAGGACCACAGAGUCUGGCUGAUAUCACUGGUUCACGGGCUUAUGAGAGAUUUACUGGCAGUCAGAUAGCAAAGAUAUACAAGAAAUGUCCUGAUGAAUACCAGCAAACUGAGAGAAUUUCACUUGUUAGCAGCUUUGCUGCUUCACUUUUCCUUGGAAGUUAUGCAGCAAUUGAUUACAGUGAUGGUUCAGGGAUGAAUCUGAUGAACAUUUAUGAAAAAACAUGGUCCCAAGCCUGUCUUAAUGCCUGUGCUACUGAUCUGGGAAGGAAACUUGGUGAAUUGACCCCUUCCUCUGCAGUACUGGGCUGCAUUUCUUCUUAUUAUGUUCAACGCUAUGGGUUUCCUUCUGACUGCAGAAUAGUUGCUUUCACUGGUGAUAAUCCAGCAUCACUGGCUGGAAUGAGACUGAAGGAAGGAGACAUAGCUGUCAGUCUUGGCACCAGUGAUACCAUCUUUCUAUGGAUUCAAGAUCCAACACCUACUGUAGAAGGUCACAUAUUUUGUAAUCCUGUUGACAGCCAGGCAUACAUGGCACUAAUAUGUUACAAGAAUGGGUCUUUGACCAGGGAAAGGAUCCGAAAUGACUGUACUUCUGCUUCUUGGGAGGAAUUCUCAAAAGCACUUAAGGCCAAUGAUGCUGGAAACCUUGGCAAUCUAGGUUUCUAUUUCGAUGUGAUGGAGAUCACACCUCCAGCUGUAGGUGUGCACAGAUUUAAUGGGCAAAAUGUUAAGGUACCAGAAUUUCCCCCAGAUGUGGAGGUGCGAGCUCUGAUAGAAGGCCAGUUUUUGGCAAAGAGAAUUCAUGCAGAAAAACUGGGUUAUAAAAUCUUGCCAGAGACUCGGAUCUUAGCUACUGGAGGAGCUUCAUCUAAUAAAGACAUUUUGCAGGUCCUUGCUGAUGUUUUUGGUGCUCCAGUUUAUACCAUCGACAUUGCAAACUCAGCUUGCCUGGGGUGUGCCUAUAGAGCAAAGCAUGGUUUGCUGGCAGUAACAGGGAGCUCAUUUUCUGAUGUCAUCAAGCAAGCAAAAGAACCUAAACUUAUAGCCAGGCCAGCUCCCGGAGUUGAGCAGAUCUACAGGCCACUCCUGAAGAGAUAUGAACAGCUUGAAGAGAAAGUAGUUGGCGAAUUUGUUCAGUGAUUAAAAGGAUUUCUGUAGCACCCAAUUCUUACUAAAGUGGUUCCAAACAAGGCAUGACAAUUUUCAAGAGUUUCUGUAAAACAAUUGUUACUGUAUAUGUUUGAGUUAUCCAUGCCCGAGGUCAGACAUGUUUGAAAGACAGCAUGUUAAUUUUUUUUUUUUAUGAUUUUCCGAAAUUGUGACCUUAUCCCUUUAAAACCAAAAGAUAUUCAUUUUUAGCAGUAUUUGGUGUUUUUCUACAAAUUUCAUUUAAGUAGCUUAUAUUUUAUUUUGUGUCACAAAUACCUCUGAAUUAAAGUCACAAAACCGAAUUGUGUUAAAUAUUUAUGAUUACUUUGAAAAUGUGACCCUUACUUCUUGAAUACAGUUUCAGAACUUACUGUUUUAAGAGCCUGAAUAACACGCAUUUUUAGAUAACUGGCAAUCAUUUGGAGAAGUAGUAUUGCCAUAGCUGUCAAACUUGCUCUCUGUUUUUAUGUGAUGGGACUAAACUAUCUGUUGAAUUAUUUGUGGUAAAUUUGAAUAACUAAUCUUAAUGAUAAUUAUGUCAGGGAGAAUAUUUAACUGUAGUAUAAUUACUGUAUGAAGUUUAAUGACCAUGUAUCUUGGUUUCGUACAUGCAAACCUUGGAUGGAUAAAAUAAAGAUUACACUAUUUUUCCUUAUCACCCAGUGCAUUUCUGAGAAA